GAGCCAUGGAGGACGCGGAUUACUUCGCGUGCAGCACGGCGGAGUGGGGAGACGAGGCGGACGGAGGGGCGCAGGACGAUGAGGAUGGAGAGGGAGAGGACGAUGCUGGCGUCCAGCAGGAAUGCUUGCAGAAGUUUUCCACCCGGGACUAUAUCAUGGAGCCGUCUAUAUUUAACACGCUGAAAAGAUAUUUCCAAGCAGGAGGUUCUCCCGAAAAUGUGAUCCAGCUCCUCUCUGAAAACUAUACUGCAGUGGCACAGACUGUGAAUCUGCUGGCAGAGUGGCUCAUCCAGACAGGUGUUGAGCCAGUGCAAGUUCAGGAGACUGUAGAAAACCAUUUAAAGAGCUUACUUAUCAAGCAUUUUGAUCCUCGAAAAGCAGAUUCCAUCUUUACAGAGGAAGGAGAGACUCCAGCCUGGCUUGAGCAAAUGAUAGCACAUACUACGUGGAGAGAUCUCUUUUACAAGUUGGCAGAAGCACAUCCAGACUGCUUAAUGCUUAAUUUUACUGUGAAGCUUAUAUCUGAUGCUGGAUAUCAAGGGGAAAUAACGAGCGUUUCAACAGCAUGUCAGCAACUGGAAGUUUUUUCUAGAGUCUUGCGUACGUCUCUGGCAACAAUUUUAGAUGGCGGAGAAGAGAACCUUGAGAAAAACCUCCCUGAGUUUGCUAAGAUGGUGUGCCAUGGAGAACACACAUAUCUCUUUGCUCAAUCUAUGAUGUCCAUAUUAGCCCAAGAAGAGCAAGGAGGGUCAGCUGUCAGACGGAUUGCUCAGGAGGUUCAGCGAUAUGCUCAUGAAAAAGGCCAUGAUGCUAGUCAGAUCACUUUAGCAUUGGGUACUGCUGCCUCCUAUCCUCGAGCAUGUCAAGCACUUGGUGCAAUGUUGUCCAAAGGAGCUCUGAAUCCAGCAGAUAUCACUGUCCUAUUCAAAAUGUUUACAAGCAUGGACCCACCUCCAGUAGAACUGAUUCGAGUACCUGCCUUUCUAGAUCUCUUCAUGCAGUCAUUGUUUAAGCCAGGUGCUAAGAUCAAUCAGGACCACAAACAUAAAUAUAUUCACAUACUGGCAUAUGCAGCCAGUGUAGUAGAAAUGUGGAAAAAGAAUAAGAGAGUCAGCAUAAACAAAGAUGAACUUAAAUCAACUUCAAAAGCCAUUGAAACUGUUCACAACUUAUGUUGUAAUGAGAACAAAGGUGCAUCAGAGUUGGUUGCAGAACUGAGCACUCUGUAUCAGUGCAUAAGGUUUCCAGUGGUGGCAAUGGGUGUAUUAAAGUGGGUGGACUGGACAGUGUCAGAGCCACGAUAUUUUCAGCUGCAGACUGAUCACACUCCAGUGCAUCUGGCAUUACUGGAUGAGAUCAGUACAUGCCAUCAGCUGCUCCAUCCCCAAGUUCUGCAGCUUCUUGUCAAGCUCUUUGAAACAGAACAUUCUCAGCUUGAUGUAAUGGAACAGCUGGAAUUGAAGAAAACUCUCUUGGAUAGAAUGGUGCACUUACUCAGUCGAGGAUAUGUCCUGCCUGUUGUCAGCUAUAUCCGGAAAUGCCUGGAGAAGCUAGAUACAGAUAUUUCUCUCAUCAGAUACUUUGUCACAGAGGUGCUGGAUGUGAUUGCUCCUCCAUACACCUCAGACUUCGUACAGCUUUUUCUUCCAAUCUUGGAGAAUGAAAGUAUUGCAGGUACAAUUAAAACAGAAGGUGAACAUGAUCCUGUCACUGAGUUUAUAGCUCACUGCAAAUCUAACUUUAUUAUGAUGAACUAAGCAGUGGAAAAAUCAAGAAUGCAGAGCACGAUUGCUACUUUGUGUCACUCCACUGGUAAGGUUCUGUGGGCAACACAACAGCGAAAAGAAAAAACGAGGAAGAAAGGAUUGAAGGGCAUUUAAUUCAUUUGCACAGGAACCUUGAGCUUUACGUCAGAGGACUCAUACUUUGGGAAAAUGGAGUAAUAGUUCAGGAUCUUCUGUUAUACAACUCAGUAUAAAUCUAAAUAUUCUGAAGUGGGUAGCAGAAGAGAAUUAGAUUUGUUUCAAAGAAAGAUUGUUAUUUUUGGUUACAGAUAGACUUUUUUCCACUGAUUCUUUGUGUAAUAUACAACCUGAAGAAUGGAAAGUAGUUCUUACUAAACCCAUUUUGCAGAUAGUUCACUGAAGACUUAAAUCUUGAAUGCUCUAGGCUUUGAUCUUGAGAGUUGCAUAAGGGAGUUUGAUUGGCUCUGUGAUAUGGAAAAUCUAGAAUGCCUCUUUUUCACUCUUACUGUGUGAGUGUGAUACCUUUCAAUCUCUUUUUAUUUUUGUUGUUAAAUUGUUGCAUGAAACAUUACUGGUAAGUUUCAUUACCAUGUCAAGCAUAUUAUUGUCCAAAAAUGUGAAUGUAUGCAAAAAAAAUAAUUUCUUGAUGUGUUUUGUCUUCAUAUUUUUCUGCUUUAUCAUGAUUGAUGCUAAACAGUAGGGAAUAUGCCCUAGAUCAUAACUUUAAAGGCUUUUUCUUUUUUCCAGAGCUUGCUUUUGAAGUUUCAAAGACCACUUUUUGUUGUGUAUUAGGUGAGAUUUCUCUUUUGUAUAUUUAAAUACUGUCUCUAUAAAAGGAGUAUAGAGAAACCCAUUAUUUUUUUUUUCUAAGCAUAUCCAUUUUUCUAAAAACCUCCUUUCUAAAGGAAGAAAAAAUGUACUUAUAAAUAAGGAAUGAUAUUGUCAAGUCUGAUUCAAUGUAAGCUGAUUGUGAAUGUGAACUCUUCAAGCUACUGUGCCAGCUAUUGAGACAGCAGUAUAAGACAGCUUUUCACUCCUUUUAAAAAGGAGUAUAUUUUCCUUUCCAUCAGUCUCUCACAUACUCCACUGUGAUUGAGCUUCCUGUUGAAACAAACCACUUCUGCUUUCCUGUAUGUUCAAGCGUGGUAUGGUUUACUUUAAACAUUUGAGUUCCUCAGUGCUCUUUCUUGUGAGUCAUUAUAGCUAGUUAAUAUUACUGGUAUUUUAAGAUCCUUAUGCUUCCCUGUUCAUAGUCAUUCUGAAUGGGACUUAAGUUCAGCAGCCACUGCAACUUGGAAGAAUUAAUCAUUGGUACUUUGGACUCCUUUCUCCUUUUCAAGGAGAAAGAUGGAACUAAAUAACAUUCAAGAUUCUCCAUUGAAAUCCUACCUCUUACCUACCUACACAAAUAUCUACUUUAUCUUGCUCUUUCAGGCUGGAGGGGUGAAUGGUAGAUGAGACAGAGAACAUGUAACAAUUUGAGCAUAAUUCUUGUAGGAAGUCAGAGCAUUAGGUCCAAGUCAACUACAAAAGACACAAGAUCCAAAGUCUCCCAGCCUACCAGAGCAUGGCCUAAGUCCAGUAUAAAACACAUUCUCUUUGUAAACAAGAAAACUGUUCUGUCUGAUACCCAAAUAGUUGAAAGCAGGAACAGACACAUGGAACAUGUAGCACAGCCACCUCAGCCUCAUCCUGGACACUGGAAGUGUUAUUCUUUUGUGGAUCUUCACCACUUACCUUUCUGAGGGUAAAAGCCAAUUUCUCCCCUUUCAGAGAUAAAAGCAUGAUAAAUUGUAAAGAGUAGAGGGUAGCAAGGAAGAAUCAGUCUUGGGCAAGGUCUAUUUUUUCCCUUUUCUGCACCCCAAAGAGCUUUAACUUACUUACUUUUUAAUGAGGUGUAACUCAUAGGUUGGUUCAAUUUAUUACAGUAGGUACUGGAGAUCAACACUGAAAAGUAGUGUUUUACAAUAUCCAAACAUCUUUUUUCCUUUUGUUAACUCAAUAUUUAGAGUUUAAAAUUUUAUCUUUUGCAUUUCAGUCUUCAGUGUAGGUAGAAGUAACGUAAUAUCAUUUGAAUUAUUGUAUUUGAGACACACAAUAACUGCUGGAUAGACUAUCUUGUGAAAGGGCUGGUAGACAACAAAGUCAAGUAAAAGGAGUAUAAUUCCAGGUAAGCUUUAGAUGGCAACUGUUCCACAUGAGGCAGCAUGUUUGGUACCAGCAACAGUAAAAGACAACUGAAAGUACCUGUUUGUAAGAGUUUAUAAUCCACAUAAUUACAAUCAUGUAGAAUUAAAAUGUCAUUUUAUUAAUGUAACUAUGCUAGUUAAUGACACUUGUUAUGGCACUGAUUGUGGGCUCAGAUAUAAGCAAGAGAACUUGCUACCUUUCUUCAUGUUAACUAGUAUGGGAAGAGCUCUGAGGGCAGACAUAAUUUAUACUUUGUAAGAAAAAGAUAGCAUAGCCAUUCAAGAAUUAAAACAAAGAUUGGUGAGUAACUACAGUAAGUGUUCCUUUAAAAAAAAUUUUUGAUCAAA